UGAGCACAAUGCAACGCGGUGUGCUUGGACACAGCCCUUAGCCAUGGUAUAUUGGCCAUAUACCACAAACCCCAGAGGUGCCUAACUGCUAUUAUAAACUGCUUACCAAUAUAAUUAGAUCAGUCAAAUAAAUAUUGUCAUACCUGUGGUAUACGGACUGAUACACUACGCCUAUCAGAUCGGCUAUGAAAAGCCAACUGACAUUUACUCCUGAGGUGCUGACCUGUUGCACCCUCUACAACCACUGUGAUUAUUAUUAUCUGACCCUGCUGGUCAUCUAUGAACAUUUGAACAUCUUGGCCAUGUUCUGUUAUAAUCUCCACCUGGCACAGCCAGAAGAGGACUGGCUGCCCCUCAGAGCCUGGUUCCUCUCUAGGUUUCUUUCUAGGUUCUGGCCUUUCUAGGGAGUUUUUCCUAGCCACCGUGCUUCUACACCUGCAUUGCUUGCUGUUUGGGGUUUUAGGCUGGGUUUCUGUACAGCACUUUGAGAUAUCAGCUGAUGUAAGAAGGGCUUUAUAAAUCCAUUUCAUUUGAUCAGCCAAUCAGCAGGGCUUGAACCACCGAGUUUAUAAUGUGCCUUGAAUCACAUGUAUAUGAAUCGGUGGCUAAAGUAGCCUAUAAUCUCCAUUAGAAACUGGGUGGUUCCAGCCCUGAAUGCUGUUUGGCUGAUAGCCAUGGUAUAUCAGACUGUAUACCACAGGUAAAACAAUAUUUAUUUGUACUGAUCUAAUUACGUUGGUAAUAAGGCACCUCGGGCGUUUGUGGUAUAUUGGCCAUAUUGGCCAUAUACCACGGCUAAGGGCUGUAUCCAGGCACUCCUCGUUGUGCAUAAGAACCCCUUAGCCAUUGGCCAUAUACCACAUUAUUGCUUAAAUACGCUAUUUUUAAACAUGUUAAAUAAAAAUAUUUGUUUCGUCUUACACUUUAGAAGUAGGUGGUUAAGGUCAGUAUAUCAUUUUUUUCUACACAUUGAACUGUUCAAGGAAGUGAAUACUUACACACCAUCGUAAAAAAAAAAGAAGCAGAUAAUGUUGCUUUCAGUCCUCCACACCAAUGACCUCCCCUCCUUGACCGCUAGUUCGGCUGCUUCAAUAGGCUGCUUCAAUAGGACGCACUUCACGGAAUGGAAAAUGACCGGUCUGGGAAUGCGCUUUGUUUCCGAAGCUUUCAAAUGAGACAUGGAAAGAAACGGAGAAUAAUAGACGAGGAACCUCUCACGAAACACUUCAAGUCUGUCUUUCUAUACAAGUAAGCAUAGGAUACAAAAGUGCAUUCAUUCAUUCAAAUAAACACCUAUAGUUUGCCUAAUCAUAGGUCUGGACUUUGAGCACAUUUUUAGGAUGGAGGUGAAUAACGUUUUUGACGGCUAGUUCAACCAACAAAAAAAACACAUUUAUUUGGCAUUUUUUGCUAUACCAUGUGAUAGUGAGAACCUCUGUAGAAUAAAGUAAAAUAUAGAGAAAGAAAUACCGGUAGGCCAAUAUUGUUUUUUACUAAUAAAGCCAGUCGGGCAGGGCAAAUUCAGAUCGCCUGUCUACGGGCUUGCUGACUACUGUAUACAGUGUGUUGCGAUGCACCUGUUUAGUUGGGGUAUGCUGAUCGACGCAGAGGUCCGCCCCGGUGCACUUGUCCUUUCAUUCUAAUUGGUCCGACAGGGUGUGUAUGCAAAUUUUUAGCGACCCCUGCACCUGACUCUCUCCACUCCACUGAAGAAUGCAAGGCAAAAGACAGCCUCCAAGAGCUAUUUAUUCAACAGGUCAUCCAACGAGCACUCACUUGUUACAUUAUUGCGACGCUGCAGACUCAUCAAUAACCCAGAGCUAUAUAACAAAGAUGCCAAGGUCGUUUCUGGUGAAGAAACAUCUCACUAAUAAGAAGCCAAACUAUGGAAUUCUGGAUUCAAAAGCAGACGAUCUCUACAACAGCCUGGUCCAGCCUGAGGUAGCCUGUUACAUCCCCAGCACUCCUCAGCCCCUGGAGGGUUGGCUGCCAGGGCCAAGUCUCAUCCCCACACCAGCCUCCAUGCACUUUCCACAGGUAGACAGGCUGCCUUCAAGGGACACCAGCUUGUCCCUGCAUAGUUCAACACAGGAAAUCAUCUACCCCCUGUCAGUGUCUCACAACAGUCCGCUAAGAGACUCACACUCCGGACUUGAGCCCCUGGGAACCAUGGAACCCCAGACCUUCCUGCUCUCACAGGACUUCAGACACCUGGAGGAGAGGGGCAGCAUGCCUAAUCCCCUCCUGGGCCUUGUUCGCUCUAGUGUUAGUCAGGAGUGCUUUGAAUGCUUCGACUGCCACAAAGCCUACUUCACCUUCUCUGGGCUGGCCAAGCACAGGCAGUUGCACUGUGAGUGGCAGUGUCACAAGUACUUCAGCUGCAAGUACUGUGACAAGGAGUAUGUGAGCCUGGGAGCUCUGAAGAUGCACAUCCGAACACACACACUGCCCUGCGUCUGCAAGCUCUGUGGGAAGGCCUUCUCCAGGCCUUGGCUGCUCCAGGGACACAUUCGCACACAUACAGGUGAGAAGCCCUUCUCCUGCCCACACUGCAGCCGGGCGUUUGCUGACCGCUCCAACCUCCGAGCACACCUACAGACACACUCUGACAUCAAGAAAUACCAGUGCAAGAGCUGCUCCAAAACCUUCUCCAGGAUAUCUCUGCUCUCCAAGCAUGAAGAGUCUGGCUGCUGCCCACUGUCCUGAUGCCAUUUACUGCCUGUGCUGGCCACUCUGAGCCUGUUGCCUACUUGCCUAGGCUAUGUCUGGUUCUACUAACACCAGACUGCUGUGCCCUCACAAAGCACUGGAGAUAGACUGCUAUUAGUGACACGGAGCUCUGACUACUGUAUGUUUUUGGUCUCUGACAUUUCAAGCUCAUGAAAUAAGCACAACGGACUGUGUCCAAAGACGUUCUUAUGUCAUAUAUUUGAUAUAUGAAGUAGUUGUUUGACAAAAAAAAGAGAAAAGUUAUCGCAUGCUGCCAAAAAUACUUCAAAUUUAAAAGCCUUGAAGUUUUUGAUUGUGUUAUUGAUGAUUACCUGUGCCUUUUGAGGAAAUGUAUAGCUGGAGUAUACCAUUUUGUAUGAACUUUGUUUGUUUAAAAACAAUAAAUACCUACUUUUGUACAAUAUGCCUAAAUAUGAAAACAUGCAUCAUCAUGGGAGACAUGAACCACAGAGAUGAAAGCACAAGCCCUUGUCU